GCAGUGGCCCUUAAAGACACAUCCAUUGAUAGCAGCAAUCUUGAGGACACCCAGGACAUAAGAGACAGUCUUCUGAAGAAACUGCAAAAACAACUGAAACAGAAGGAGAAUGCAGUACAGAGUGUUAUGGACGAGAAAUAUAAAUCUCUUGAAGAGAAGAACGCAGAGCUCCAGGAGUUGAGACAAGCACUGAGAGAAAGGGACAGACUGAUAGAGAAGAUCAACUCUGCCRUCAUGAGUGCCGAGCAACAGAUACAGUUGUUCGAAAAAGCCUGUAAUGAAAAAGACGACAUUAUUCAUCAACUCAAGACAUCAAAUCAAGAGCAGACCAAAGCACAUAAGGAUGCAUUAGACGCUAUUACAACCAGUAACCGUAACAACGAAGCAAUGUUCCAGAACCUGAAGAACACUUUGGAGGCCAAAGAGAAAGAGCUUGUGGCCCUCAAAGAGUUCGUUAAAGAUAUCACCAGAACUUCAUCACAGAACCAAUCAGAGGAGGGCAUAAAAUUCCAAGACUUGUCUGAAGAGUUAAAAGAAAAAGAGAAGUUUGUUGGGAAUCUUCUACAAGAAAGAUCUCGUGUCUCGUCAGUGAAUGAAGCCAACUCUCAACGACUCAUGACAGCGCUACAAGAAAAAGACAAACUUCUCAAAGAUGCAUCAGAUAGCAUAAUCCGUAUCCAGAAUGAAAAGAAUUCCACCAUACAACACCUUCAGGAACUACUGAACAACAAGGAUCUCGAAAUGCAGUCUCUAGAAAACAACAAAGUUUGGCUGAACCAGGAGCAAGAACUCCUAGUGAAGAAACUGAGAUCUGGCCUAAAGGACAAAGACACUAUAAUAGAGGAACUGGUUGAAAGCAAUAAAGAAAAAGACCAACUGUUGAUGAAACUGCAGGACGCUUUAAGGACACCCAAAAAGAAUUCUGAAAUGGCUGCUCUCAAACAAACCAUCCAAGAACUAGAAUCAACUUUGAAAGCCAAAAACAAUGCUCUAAAAAAGUUUGAAGCUGAACGGAAAAAAGGGUCUGAGGCUGAGUUAGAGAAUAUUGAAAACAAAAUGAAAAUCGAGAAUCUGGAACAUGAUCUUAAGGCCAAGGAAGCUGUUGUCCAGCAGUCCCUAAAAACAAUAGAGAAUCUUCGGAACAAGUUGAAAACCAUGCCAAUAAUAGAGGAUCUGAAGCAAAAGUUUGCAGAACAAAACCAGGCACUUUCUGCGGCACAAAAGGAUAAAGAACAAGCACAGAUGGAACUGGCAUUAUUAAAGAAGUCUGUAGUAGAGUAUGAUGGAGAAUUGAAAUCCAAACACGACAACAUUGAGGUUUUGACACAUUCUGCGCAGAUCAAGGAUAACAUGAUUAAGGAGAUGCAAGACAGUCAUAAGAAACAGAUACAGGACAUGCAGGAUAACGUUGGGUACUACCAAAGAAAAGCAUACGACCUCGAGACAUCGAACGAUGCUUUGAGGCAGCAACUGAGUGAAUGUAGUGAACUAAACAACUCGUUACAAAGACAACUGGAGAUCGCGCAAAACAAGGCCAAUUCUCAGUCUCCUUUCAGAAAAGAUGUCGAGGAACUGAACCAACUGAGAGAAGAAGUCAUUCUCAUGCGUGAACAAUUAUCUACCAAACAACGAGAAACCACUCAAGGUGGAUCUGGAAAUGAUGAUAAGAGCGAAAGUAUGCCUUAUCUACAAAAGGUCCUACAAGAACAAGUAGCCGAGACCACAAAACUGAACGAUAUUCUAACCAAGGAAAGAGAGAUGUAUAUCAAUGCUGUACAACGCUUGAGGUCAUCGCCAAGUGAACCCAGUACAAGUACUUCUCCAGUAUCGCGCGAGUUCCAGAUCCUCAAGUCGCUUCGAACACAGCUCGAAGAUGGUAUCAGACAGAACAACACAUUGCGCAACCAGCUCCAAGAUCAAAUAACAUCCUACCACUUGAAAGCUACUUCCCCUGUACCUCCCCCACCGUCGCCAUAUGACGCUGUUUAUCAACGAGAGAUCAAGGAGCUGACGUCUAGGCUGGAGGAGAGUGAGCGCUGGAAUGCAUCAUUGCAGGCUCGUCUAAAUGACGCGCCUGGCUUGGACGUGGGAGACGGUAAAUUGGCAAGUACUUCGGGGACUAAGGAAAGUAUUCAACGACUAGAAGAACAAGUUGAUAAUCUCACCAAAAGUCUACAACAAACCACCCACAUGAACAAACGAAUCAGCAAUGAACUCGACGAAGUAAAAAAAUCAAGUCGCCAGAGAAUAACAGACAAAGACGCCACCAUCAACACACAAAACCUACAGAUCACCAACCUCCAGAACCAGCUACAGACGACAAAAAGCACCUUCGUAGAACUAGAAAAACGACUCCAAGACGCGCAUGAAAAACUGGAAUAUUACGCCCGUAACGUAAAUGGUGACUACGAGGAUCUUCUCCUUGAGCGAGAACAAGAGGUGGAAUCUCUGCGCGCUGCUCUGAAGGAGAAACAACUGCGCGAAGAGCUAGCGAAUCAGAAGAGAGGAAGCGAUAUGGCUGCGCAAACAUCUCCGAUUAUCCCUAGGGGGUAUGUGUCGAGUGAGAAGCUGAGGGAGGUGGAAGAACGGUUACGCGGUGAACUGACGGAGAGUCUGCAGAGGAAUGACUAUUAUAAGGAUCUGCUUGAUCAGAAGGCUGACGAGCUGCAAAGGAUGCAACAACUGGGACCGUCAUCGAUCUCCAUCAAUACACAGGAAAGCAAUCAAGACAAGAGCACAAUCCACAAUCUCCAACAAGAAUACGAGAAGGGAAUCCUCUCCAACGAAGCACUCAAGCGUCAGCUCGAAUCUGAGAUAGCUUCGGUUUCCUCAAGAGAACGUAGCCUCCAAUCUGAUGUACUAACUAUAUCUGACCUCCGUCAAAAACUAGACGAAUCCUUACGAUGCAAUGACAGUCUUCAAGGGAUCCUUCAAGAGAAUUUAAAAGCUGGUAGCGGGGUCGACAGAGUAAAGAAAGAGCUUAGCACUGCUAAUAAGAAGAAUGAAACAUUGGCCUUACAAAUUGAGAGCCUGCAUCAGUCGAUAAAACAGUUCAACGACAUCGGUAAAGAAGCGGAGAAGUUGCGCAGUGAUGUGAAAGAGGCACACAAGUUGAAUGAUACGCUGAGUGAACAGUUGAAGGAGAUGAGAAGCUCUACGACUGAGUUGCCGCUUGUACAGAGAGAACUGAAACAAUCGAAGAUGAUGAAUGAGCAGUUGGGAAAGCAGUUGGCGGAACUGCUGAACAAUAUGGCGAAACUAAAAACAUAUAAUCAAAAGUUGAAGUCUGAAGUGGACCAAAAGAACAAAGCCAUAGAAUCCCUCGAACAUCACCUCUCCUCGAAACCAGACGUACAUUCCAGAGGCGUUUCUCCUCUGGUUCCCAUGACAACAUUCAGUAUGACGUCACCUCAUCACGACAAUGUCCAUACUCAGACCAGUCCUGGGUAUGGCGUCUCCAGUCCUCCCUCGGUCACUCGUCUCAGUUCUCCUCCGCCAUCGCCUGGGAGGAGGGAAACUUCUCCUACAAGCGUCAUCGAAAAAAUGCACGGACUUAACAAAACUCUUAUGUCAGAAAAUCAAUUCCUGAGGAAUAAACUCCAACAGAACGAACGCUAUACUUCGACUCUUAAGGACGAGCUAGAGUUAUACAAUCGAAUGAAGAGAGAGAGCCUUCCAGGACUUGGAAGCCCGAAUAAGAUGUCGGCUACCGCUGGACAAUCCAUGGACGAGAUACUCGCUAUGUAUAUGAACGAAAUGCGUGAACUGCGCAUGCGGUUAGAGGAGAGUAUCCGCACUAAUGAUAAACUGCGGGCUCAGUUGGAGAAGCGCAUGACUGAGGAAGAAAAUGGUGAUGAUGGGGUCCCUGUGCUGUCGUCUGAUAAGUUGUUACCAUAUAUACAUGAGAAUGAAGCAUUAAGAGCUGAACUGCUUAUGAAAGACAAGGCUAAUGAAGAUCUUAAGAAAGCAUUGGAGAACUUGAAGAGAACGAGAGAGAUAGAGCGAACCCAACUGAACGUGCUCCGCCAGCAAGGAGAAGAGAACCAUCAAGUGAUAACAAACCUACAGAACGAGCUGCGUGUGUACGAACAGCUCUACAAACUAUCUUCCAGUAGAGCUGAGCAACACUAUCAAGACACCAGCUAUGUUCGAGAGGGUCCUCGGAGUCCUGAUGGCACGACCGAUAACAGUGCCAUCAUAAAACUACUGGCUGAGAUCAGAAGCCUUCGUCUACAGCUAGAGAAGAGCAUUGCUACCAAUAAUGCUUUGCGACUUAAACUGGAGGAACAACUGAGCAGACCAAUCAGAGAGUCGCCCCAGGCUUCUAGGGUAUCGCCAUCAGAAGUAGCAAGAAGACUUGAUUUUGAUAAAGAUAUGGACAGAAUACAACCUGUAGUUCUUAGAGGUAACCUCGCUGCUCGUGUAGAUCGAGAACACUACAUCGAACUGCAGUCCAAAAUAGAAAGCAUUUACAACGAAGCAACUAAACUAAAAGUACAGAUACGAACCAAUAAACAGCCUUUGUACCUUGAGAAUUCAGUGCACAAUCUUCACACAUGGGCCGCAGACUGUAAAGAUUUGCUACAGAGAUUUGUGAUGGAUGAUAAAGUUGUAUCAAGUGGGGAUGGUGGUCCCGUUUCAAAUGAGAAUAUGAGUCUACGUCUACAAAUCUCCAAACUAAAGAAAAAACUUCUUUACCAAGAAGACGCCAUUAGAAGAGCCAGUGAACAACUCGAGGAAAGUACGAAAAAGAAAGAAGGGAUGCAGACGCAUUUAAUAGAUAGAUGACUACGCCAGAACGAAGACCGAUAGAUAGCCAUGGACAAACAAACCCUCGUGUCAGUGCGUAGCUACAAAUCAAAAGGUUCUAAUUUUUACAAAAAACAAAUCAUGUUGGUAAAUGACAUUUCUAAUAUUUUAUAUUCCAAGUGUAAUAACAUAUUAUAUUUUUAUUAUAUUUUAUCGCUUUUUGAUAUAAAAGAGGUGAUGAGUUAUAAAA